AGCUGGAGCGGGGCGUCCAGAACCCGGGGAGCGGGCUCAGCGAGAGCAGCCGGAUCGGACUAGGCCAGGCCAGGGAGGGGGCCCCUGCUCGCACUGUGGGCCCGGUGCCGGGGCGAGGACGAGCGGCCGAGGCCGGCGAACCCCGCCUGAGCCUCGAUGUCGGUCUGAGGGAGGGUUGGUGCCGCCCGCCGCUGUACCGCGAGGGUGAGGGUGAGUGCCCGGGGUCCCCGGGCAGCCGUCGCCAUGCUGUGCUACGUGACCAGGCCCGACUCGGUGGUGAUGGAGGUGGAGGUCGACCCCAAAGCGAACGGCGAGGACUGCCUGAACCAGGUCUGCCACAGGCUCGGCAUUAUAGAGGAUGACUAUUUGGGUCUGCAGUAUUCCGCCAACAAGGGGGAGACUCUGUGGCUGAACCUGAGGAACAGAAUCUCCCAACAGAUCGAAGGGAUGCCUCCUUACAGAUUCAAACUCAAAGUCAAAUUUUUUGUGGAGCCUCAUCUUUUACUUCAGGAGCAAACUAGGCAUCAGUUUUUUCUGCAUGUCCAGGAUGAUCUUCUAAAUGGGCGCCUACUCUGUUCACCAGAACAGGCUCUGGACUUGAGUGCACUUCUAGCGCAAGUAGAAUUUGGAGACUAUAAUCAAAACACCGCCAAGUAUUCUUAUGAAGACCUCUGUGCGAAUGAAUUAAAUACUACCAUUUUGAACAGUAUUGUUGCAAAACACAAGGAACUGGAAGGAAUGAGUCAAUGUAGAGCUGAGUACCGGCUUCUGCAGAUUGCAUGUAAACUGGAACACUAUGGUGUGGAAUGGCAUUCGGUGAAGGAUGGCGAUGGGCAGAAGUUGAUGAUUGGAGUAGGCCCUGAUGGCAUAUCUGUCUGCAAAGAGAACUUGAACCUAAUUAACAGGAUUUCAUAUCCUAUUAUCCAGAUGGCUACCCAAUCUGCAAAAAAUGUUUACCUUACAAUCACAAGGGAGUCUGGUAGCAGCAUAGUCCUAAUAUUGAAGCUGAUCAGCACCAGAGCAGCAAGUGCCCUUUAUCGUGCGAUAACUGAAACCCAUGCUUUCUACAGGUGUGAUACUGUGACCAAUGCUGUCAUGAUGCAAUACAGUAGAGACUUCAAGGGCCACCUUGCUUCUUUGUUUCUCAAUGAAAAUAUCAAUCUGGGUAAGAAAUAUGUCUUUGAUAUCAAACGCACAUCCAAGGAGGUGUAUGAUCAUACACGAAGAACAUUGUAUCAUGCUGGCAUUGUUGACUUUGUUCCACACAAUCAAGAUGGUCAGAACUCUCCACUUAAAUCUUCAGAACAUGAAUUGAACUGUAACACUUGUGAGGGGGAGAGCUGCCAGCAAAGUCAAGUGCUUCAGGAAAAGAUUCGCAAACUUAAAGAAGCAUUAUUAUGCAUGGUCUGUUGUGCUGAGGAGAUUAAUACUGCCUUCUGCCCCUGUGGGCACAUGGUUUGCUGUGGCUCUUGUGCUAAUCAGCUACAGGCCUGUCCAGUUUGUCGAUCUAACAUUGAUCACAUUCAGCAAGUAUUCUUGCCCACUUGUGCCAGUCUCCUCAACCUCACUGUAAUUUGAACAAUUAUGGGUCAGCAGGUCUGACUGGAUGAUUUUUCAGUGAGCAACACUACAGAAGAAAGUAGAAAGCACUCAAUGUCUGGUCCAAUGCAAAUACAGCUGCUUGUUCUGGCUCCCUUUUCUGUUCUGUGGAUUAUGGAAUGUUUUGGCAGGACUGUUCCAAAACAUUUGAAGAUUCUUGAACAAACAUCUGCCAUAGAUGGUAUUAAAGGCUGGGCAACAUUUUUUUAAAGCUAAUUGCUAAGCUCUGAUCAGUUGACAAGAAAAUUUUGUGCAUUUUCUUCCAGAAGCUUGUAAUGGAGUAAUGACACUGCCUCAGCAAUCUUUAACUGAAUAUUAUCAACUUUGAUUAUUCAUCCAUAGUGUUAGAACUUUGUUUUGACAUGCUUUUUAAAAAUAAGCUCUUUUUUAACCUUUAUUUGAAACUUCACAUGUAAAUGCCACCACAAUUUAACAGCGUUGGUGCUAUUGAGCAGAAUUAUUUGCGGUGUGUAAUAGCUUUAUUCAUCCCAAACACUCUGCAGGGUGGAAAAUAUUAAACCUGUUUUUAAAUUUUAAACAUUUGUCCACAGUAGAAAUACUUUCAAUUCUGCAAUAUGCAAAUCCAGUAGUACUUCUCCUAUCCACUCCUUUAACCCUGCCCCAAGACAUGAUGAAACUGCUAAAGUAAAACUACAAGGAGUUGUCAUUUCAAAAACCAGGUUUAGUUUGUGAAAAUUUCCACCCUGAAGUGCAUGGUCAGUAGUAUCUUUCAGAUGCAAAGACUUGCUAGAAGAACACCUUUCUCGUUUUUGUGUGCGCGCGCAAUUCUGGCUGCUUUUGAGGCUAGGAAUAAACUACAGUGUCACUUUAUUAAGAAUUUCCAAAAUGUAUUAUUCAUAGGGUUGCCUUAAUGUAGCAGCAAUGAUUAGAUUCCAUCUGUUUCUGUACAGAUCAGGUUCUUUGCACAGAUGUUUAUCAGACUUUAAAAAAAUAUAUAUUGUUGAUUGUCAUGUUAGUGCAUAGCCUCUUGUUCAAAGGGAUAUCUAUUUUUUCACUUUGUAUAAAUUUAGGUUUAUUUCCAUUUCAAGAAAAUUGCCUAAGCUAGAUUUAACUGACUUUUUUAUAUUCCUUUUUAAAAAUGUCAAUAAAACUCUUUUGUAUUGAUUGAAA